CCAUAACCCACGGUCUAAGGUUUAAAUCUGAACUGAACCACGACCGACCUGGACUGAAGCCAAGGUACACAAAAUUCGUGCCCUCUCCGUCCCCUCUCCCUUCUUCCUUCCCACAAACUCUUUUCUUCUACGAUCCACUCUGUCAUUAUAUCCACACAUCUACGCCCACUUCGCUGGACAUCAAUCGACACCACUAAAUCGCCAGAUCCGCAACCGUCUCACCAACCCCAACUCCACGAACAACUGAAAACCGUCCAUUCGGCGCAAGUCGCACUUGGAACACUCACCAGGUGGAGGUUCCAGUCACUGAACCGUCUUCGAAGUGAACAUCUCGGGUCCUCCAACGUCACUUCAUGCACAGCGUCAAGAUGUGUCAAUCCAGCAACUACGGAUCCUCCCCAGACGCCCAAAAGGUUCAGAAGACCGACGACAUCUGUAACAUGGCCAAGCAAAUCAUCCACGACGCAAAAAUGGACCUUCAGAGAAUUCUCAACAAUGCUACAUCAACAACGACAUCAGAACCCACUGCCGGGAAGCGAGCAGGAAAGUUGACCUCACGUGACACAGAACAUCUGACCAUCAAGCAAAAGUUAAUCAACGGCUUUGCUAAAAUCAUCAGCGUGGCAGAAUCAAUCACAGGUAUCAGGAGAGUCACCCAAGAACCAAAUACUGUUUUCUUCUUGAAAAAGCAAUCGCCUACAGCACAUCUUUCAAUAUUAAGAAAUCCGACACGAGCCUACGAGCGUGCGACACCCGCUUUCUCUCCAGCAUUGGGUCACGCAUCCGACGCAUAUAUUCGCUUAAACCAGCGCCAAUACCAACAAGAUAGAAUAACGGUUGAGAACGGCGACUACAUGGAAACCAUAAAGAAUACGGCUCACCGAAUGGCUCAAGUAAAGAGAUAUAAGCAGGCGAAGAAAUCCCUGAGCCAGAUUCAACAAGAUCAUGAUGCGUGGGUUUAUGACAAACACACAGUGGACGUGUUAUGCGAAAAGAUACAUAAGGAUGCUUUGUUUUGGAGAUCUUGCCAUGAGGACACAAUUACGGUUGUGAACCAGGACGGGACGAAGGAAGAGCAAUGGUACCAAAACGACCAAGAUCGGUGUCUUGGAAGUUCCAUCGAGGAUCAAAUGCAAAUGCAAGGUCGGAGCAUCAAGGAAUGGGCCGGACUCAGAAAGGCGGUCGAAGAUUUGGAGCAAGAGGCGAGACACGAAAGAAUGGUCAAGCAUCGAGAGCAAUGGCGGCAAACCAAAUACGUCCCAGAAGAGUAUAAUUCGGAUACCGAUGACUCAGAUAUGGAAGAGGAUGACGACGAGGAUUACGGUCACCUAUACGACGAUGUCGAUGUCGCGCAGGUUAGAAUAAGCGAGGUCGUUGCCAAGGACGAAGCUAUAACGACUUCGCCAGCCUCAUCAAGUGGUAUCCCACAGAUAAAAUCUGCGAAUCUCGAGGAACAUCUUGAAAUUCUCGACUACCAUACACCCACACUCAAAACACAUCUCGACAACAUAGUCGAAACAAAAACCACUCAAACCAAUUUCACAACAAACCAAGCAUCUAGUGAAAUGGCUUUGACCACAACAAAGACCACCAAGGAGGUCGUCACCGAGACCGACGCGGUCAUCUCCCUUGUGGACACUCUCCUUUCUGAUCUCAAAGACCGCUAUGAGUUCUACUACACCUCAUCUAACGUCCACAUGAACAACGUGCUUGAGGCCAUGCGACCUAGAACCCUCGGUUACAAGUGCAGUUGGACAGUCCGCCCCAUGGCAAUGACCGAGAAGAACCUCACACCACCACCAGUCAACCAACCCCCCGCAAUCCGCCUCACCAAUCCUUCGGGAGUAACCUGCGAGCUCAUUGAAGGUUUCCAGGAUCUAUCGGACCCGUGGUUCGAAGACUAUGUCGCGUGGCGUGAGGAAGAGCAAGACGACCUCAUCCAGGCGGUACAGGAGUGGAGAGAAAAGGAGGAGACGUUUGAUGAGUAUGACCGUCGUCUAGUUUGCGAGGAGUUCUGGGAUAAAUGCUUGGAGAAGGAUCUGAAGCGCAUCAUGCAGGAGAGAAAGAAGUGGGAGGAUAUGGACGUCGUCUUCGAGGACGAUUCCGAAGAUUCUGAUGACGACGACGAUGAUUGGGAUGAGUAUUCCUGCUCACGAUCCCGCUCGUCAUCAAGCACGACAUUGGUCCCAGACCAGGAGGAGACCGGCGUUGAGACCGGCGCUCAAGAGGAAGAGGACGAGGACGAGGACGAAGACGAGGAGGAGGAGCCCGAGACCAACACCGAGACGGAGAUACUCACCGCUCUCGAAGUAGCACGCACAAACCUGGCCGAAUACAACACCAGCCUCGCCAACUCGGUCGUUAUCGCCAAAACCAAAGCCAUCAACUACCACCUAGAACGCGUGCACGAUAGCCCCCAACACAACAAAGCAACCGAAGACGCCCAAGCCGUCAAGGACUCCUACACUCACAACCUCUCCUACUCCAUCAUCCGUCUCCGUCUCCGAAUGGCACAGGACGGUCUCAUCCCUUCCGACAAGUCCAACUUCGUCUACACGCCCACCAAGCCCACCGGACCAGGAACAAUCACAUUCACCGGCCGGAUCAGAGAAUUCCUCAAAAUCAACAAAGAUGUUCAUGACCGUGCGUUUAGCGUCCUCAGAGAGGAUAUCCGUGUCCAGGCUAUUCACAAGAUGGAUUUCUUCAAGGAGGUUAAGGUCUCGAUGGCUCAUGUGGCGGAUCUGUAUCGAGAUGUUAAGAAUGCGAAGGUUUUUAGAAAGGAGGUUAAGCGAGCGAAUAAGCAGAUGGAAGUGCAGAGUACGGUGGUGAGCGCGUUGGUACAUGAGGGAGUUGCGGAGGCGGAGAAGUGGGAGAAGGAGGAGAAGGAGGAGAAGGAGAAGGAGAAGGAGAAGAAGAUGGCUGGUGAGGUGGUGAAGAAAGGAAGAGCGAGACCGGUGGAGAAGGAGGAUUUGUUAGUUGUGUUAGGGACGAUGGGAGAUAUGAUGGGUGUUGAGGUUGGUGGGAAGAAGGCUGGGGCGAAGGCUGGGAAGUCUGGGGACAAGGGAAAGGGCAAGGGCAAGGAUAAGGGCAAGGGUAAGGGCAAGGGUAAGGGCAAGGGAAAUGGAAAGGGAAAGGGAAAGGGCAGACGGAAGGGAAAAGGCAAAUGGAGGAAGUAA